AUUCUUCCAAAUCGUCACAUACGGUUAAAGAAGAAUCUAAAUGGACUGAAUCUAUUUCUGUCAGAAAUAAUUCCAUUAUUUUCAAUAUCAAGGAAAGGAUUAAUGUACUAUAUAAUAUUGCGAUUGAUGAACAAAUUAUUUUUUAUAAAGAUGUCAUUUUGGAUAAUAGUAAAAGGGUUAGAGACUUAACAAUUGGCCCUAAUGAUACCUUUUAUAUGAUAAGAAGGGCUAAAGUUCCUCGAGAAACUUCUCAAGAAACCUCAAAAGAACUUCAUACAUGCUCAAAUGAGGGUACAGUAAAAGUUAUCUUACCAAACCGUGAGCUUGAAAUAAGUGUAUCUUCAAAUGACACUGUUGCUGUUCUGGAACAAAAGAUUUUUGAAAAGGCAGGCAUGGAUAUGUCAAGGAAGACAAUAACAGAUGGUAAAGCUUGUGGUUACGAUAAAAUAUAUUUAAAAAUUGUUUUUAGAAAUAAAGUUAUAAGCGGUUCUAAUCGUACUCUUAUUUCUUGGGGUAUUUAUCCUCGUGGUCAUGAUGCAAACUAUUCUGUUUUUAAUAUCUUAUUUGGUAUGAUAAAACUUGGUGGGGGUUAA